AUGUUUUCCGCCAUCGCGAACCUCCAGCCACGGCAACUGGCCGCCCAAGCUCUCAACUUCGCGCUCGUACUCUCAACAGCUUUCAUGCUCUGGAAAGGCCUAUCCGUCGUCAGCGAUUCAUCUUCACCCAUCGUUGUUGUGCUAUCAGGCAGUAUGGAGCCCGCAUUUCAACGUGGAGAUCUCUUGUUCCUCUGGAAUCGAGGCAUGGACACACAAGUUGGAGAAGUCGUGGUAUACAAUGUGCGCGGAAAGGAUAUCCCGAUUGUGCACAGAGUUGUCAGGAGAUUUGGCGGAGGGAGCGCACYGCUACAGCUCCUCACCAAGGGAGACAACAACGGCGCGGAUGACACGGAGCUCUACGCGCAGGGCCAGAACUUCCUCGACCGGAGUAAGGAUGUUGUUGGUAGCGUGGUGGGAUUCGUGCCUUUUGUCGGCUAUGUGACAAUUCUUCUCAGCGAACACCCUUGGCUAAAGACUGUGAUGUUGGUCUUCAUGGCGCUCACGGUGGUGUUACAAAGGGAAUAG